AUGACCACCCUCGGCGAUGACCUCCUGCGCACGGUCAACAAGCUUCAGGACCUGGUAUUCAAUACCAUUGGCAAUGAUUCUCUCGAUCUCCCUCAGAUAGUCGUCGUCGGCUCGCAAUCAUCAGGAAAAUCCUCCGUCCUUGAAAAUAUUGUUGGGAGAGAUUUUCUUCCCCGAGGCAGCGGCAUUGUCACUCGCCGACCUCUUAUUCUACAGCUGAUCAACAUCCCUCCCGAUGACGAUGUAAAUGGCAGUGAUGAGGUUCAUGUGCCACAUUCUGCCGCCAGUGUCGCCGAGCACGGAGAAUGGGCAGAGUUUCAUCACAUUCCGGGCCGCAAGUUCACCGAUUUCAAUCAAGUCCGAGCCGAAAUUGAAAAUGAGACGGCCAGGAUAGCUGGAAACAACAAGGGCAUCAACAGACAACCGAUCAACCUCAAGAUCUUUUCUCCGCACGUCUUGAAUUUGACAUUGGUCGAUUUACCUGGCUUGACCAAGGUCCCGAUCGGCGACCAGCCUGGAGAUAUCGAGAAGCAGACUAGAACCCUCAUUUCCGAAUACAUUGCAAAACCAAAUAGCAUCGUCCUGGCUGUAUCCCCUGCCAAUGUCGAUAUUGUCAAUUCCGAAGCUCUCAAACUUGCGCGUCAUGUUGAUCCCAUGGGAAGAAGGACGAUUGGCGUCCUAACAAAACUAGAUUUGAUGGACCACGGAACAAAUGCCCUGGAUAUCUUGUCAGGUCGUGUCUACCCACUGAAGCUUGGUUUUAUCGGUGUUGUCAAUCGGUCACAACAAGAUAUCCAGACACAGAAACCUAUGUCAGAUGCUCUUAGAGCCGAGGCCGAGUUCUUUAGACAUCAUCCAGCAUACAGAAAUAUGGCAACAAGAUGUGGCACACAGUACUUGGCAAGGACCUUGAAUACGACUCUAAUGGGACAUAUCCGCGAUAGACUACCAGACAUCAAAGCACGCCUGAAUACUCUUAUGGGCCAAACACAACAAGAGCUCGCUAGCUACGGAAGCAAACAAUUCAGUGGCAAGGAGCACCGUGGUUCCUUGAUUCUACAGUUGAUGACCCGAUUUGCAACCUCCUUCAUCUCUUCUAUCGACGGUACCUCUUCUGAAAUCUCCACAAAAGAACUUUGCGGUGGUGCGAGGAUAUACUACAUUUUCAACUCUGUCUUCGGUAAUUCCCUAGAGACCAUCGACCCUACUCAUAAUCUCUCGGUCCUCGACAUUCGCACCGCAAUUCGAAACUCGACUGGUCCACGACCGAGUCUCUUCGUUCCGGAGCUCGCGUUUGACCUUCUUGUCAAGCCUCAGAUCAAGCUAUUAGAGAUCCCCAGUCAACGGUGUGUCGAGCUUGUCUACGAAGAAUUGAUCAAGAUCUGUCAUACUUGUGGCUCCACGGAACUAUCAAGGUUCCCCAGAUUGCAAGGCAAAUUGAUUGAAGUUGUUUCAGAUCUGCUGAGAGAACGAUUGGGACCUGCUUCAACUUAUGUUGAGUCUCUGAUCGCUAUUCAGCGCGCUUACAUCAACACAAAUCAUCCGAAUUUCCUAGGUGCAGCAGCUGCAAUGUCAUCUGUGAUCGCUAGUAAGAAUGAGAAGGACAAGAAGGCUGCCCAGGCCGAGGAGAGAAGAAAACGAGAGAAGCAACGACAGAAACAACUAGGCACAAAUGGUGUCGCGACCCCCGAUGAAGAAGAAGCGGAACAGGAAGACAAGGCAAUGUCCUUGCCAACACGAAAACACAAUACCCUAAACCGGAGCAUGUCUCCUGCUGUGACGAGAGACCGGGAGAAUGGCAUUGGCAGCAUUUCGGCAGGCCAAGGCGCUGGUGCUGCUAGAGACUCAUUCUUGAACUAUUUCUUUGGUAAGGAUGGAGCCCUACCUUCAGGAAAUCUCUCAGCUUCAUCAACCGUCAACAACUCUGCACUCCGACACGCGAGCCACAGCGCAGAUACUAGUUUCUCACACAGUAUACGAAGAAUGGAGCGCGGCAGUAUUACGGAGCGUUCGCCUGUCUAUCCACCUCCAAUGAAUGAUGACUAUGCUCUCUCGGAGUACGGUGGAGAUUCCACAUCACUGUUUCCCGAACAAGCAGCUGAGCCAGCUCUGACGGACCGCGAAGCCCUUGAAACAGAAUUAAUCCGUCGCUUAAUCAGUAACUACUUUAAUAUCGUCCGCGAAACGAUCGCUGAUCAAGUACCCAAAGCCAUCAUGCACCUGCUAGUCAACCAUUCACGAGAUGAAGUACAAAAUCGGCUUGUUAGUGAGCUGUACCGAGAAGAUCUGUUCGCGGAGCUACUAUAUGAGGAUGAUGGCAUCAAGAAGGAGCGCGAGAAGUGCGAGAAGCUUUUGGCGACAUAUAAGGAAGCAGCGAAGAUCGUGGGCGAGGUGUUGUAG